AUGGCCAAUCCACGCAUAGAAGAAGUAGAGGACGACGACGACUUCGCCGACGACCCGGAAGAAAUGGACGUCGGAGACCUCGAUGCCUUUGACUUCGCCCGACCCAAAGGAAACCUCGAACCUGCUAUGGACCCUUCAGCCUCGCAGAUCAAUCCCGCAGACAUCCAAGCGAUGCUCCAACAACAAUCACAAUCCCAACCCCAAGGACGAAACCAAUGGUCUCCCGAACAAGCAGCAAACAUGCAAACCAACCCGACAGCAGACCAACAACGCCAAGCCCAAGAACAAAGCAAGACCUACCAAUGCAUCUACCCCCUCUAUUUCGACUCGACACGGUCAAAAGCAGGGGGCAGAAGGGUGAAGAAAGAAGAUGCGGUGGCCAACCCCUUGGCGAGGGAGAUAGUGGAUGCGCUGAGCACGAUUGCGCAGCAAAAGGGUGUACCCCUAAAGAUAGUCUUCGAGCCGCACAAGACGCAUCCGAAGGACUGGGCGAAUCCGGGGCGGGUGAGGGUGUUGGUGAAGGAAGAGGGAAAGGCGAUCAGUAGUAAGAUUGCGAGUAAACACUACCUCUACACCCUAAUAUCAACCUACCUCCGUGCCCACCCCACCACGGCUCAAACUCCAAACAAGUACCGUAUGCAGGGUAUGCCUCCUUCGAAAGACGGUGCACCGCCUCCUGCUCCCGCGGUACCAAGAGGAUUUAAGAUCGGAAAGAUAUUACCCUUGCACUCUCCUGCGCUGAGUGGGGGUGGUGUGAGCGAUAACUUCUUGAAGGAUAUGAUGGGUGAGAUGGGCGGACAGUUGCCGCCGGGUAUGGAGGGUAUGGCUGGUAUGUUGGGUGGUAUGGGAGGAGGAUUUGAUGGUGCGGGAGGGCCGAGUGGCGGUGGUGGACAGCAGAAGAAAGUCAAGGAUAAGAAGAAGAAAUAA